AGAGCAAUACCGAGCUACUGCUGUAAUGGCAAAGCUAAUAUCAUUAUGCUUAAAACUCGUUAUUUUAUGUAGAAUUGCUGACGCUGUCUUUGAGGAUCAAGUUGGGAAAUUUGAUUGGAGACAGCAAUAUGUAGGCAAGGUUCGAUUUGCCCACUAUGAUAUGCACGCCCAGUCAUCCAAAAAGGUGUUGCUGGCCACUGAGAAGAAUGUCUUUGCCUCACUUAAUACCAGAACGGGAGAACUUCAUUGGCGACAUGUGGACAAGACAGGGCCAGAAGGAAACAUUGAUGCCCUUCUCCUACAUGGACAAGACGCAGUACUGAUCGUUGGUAAUGGCCGUCUGCUUCGUUCUUGGGAGAUACAUGUUGGUGGUUUGAAUUGGGAGGUUGUUCUCGAUUCUGGCAGUUUUCAGUCAGCAUGUUUUGUUGGACAACAAGAUUCUGUUAGAUAUGUCGCUGUUUUGAAGAAAGCUGCCAUCUCCCUCCAUUACCUCUCUAAUGGUCAUCAAAAAUGGCUGGAGAAUCUUCCAGAAAGCGAAACAGUGCUUUACCAGGCAAUAUAUUCUGGUGGAGAUGGAGAGGUUUAUGUACUGGGAAUUGUUCCACAUUCCCACCUUGCUAUUGUUGCUUACAGCAUAGAGGAUGGAGAGAUCACAAAGCAGGUUUCUGUUGAAGCUCCUUGGCUGUCUAAUAUACAGGCUAGUUGUGCAGUGGUUGGCCAGGGAACACUGAUGUGUGUAGACCCUGCAACAGUGUCCUUGUAUAUGCUAGACCUACAAGCACAAGCACAGAUGACCCAGGUCCCCUUACAGUCACUUGGGCUUGAAGUAUCACCAGGCUUCCAUCCUGUACUGGUGUCAACCCAGCCCAACCCAGCACGGCCCCCUCUUUCAGAGUUCUUCCUUCAGGUUGGGCCAGACCACCAUCUGCUACUUCAGCUCAACAACGGUCAACUAGUUACACUAAGGGAUUUCCAGCCUGCUUUGCUGGUUUCAUUUGCAACGACAGGGGAGAAGACUGUCACUGCUGUCAUGACGCCAAGAAAUAAAACGGCUUGCAGUCUUAAUCUUUUCAGUGCAGACUCCGGGCGCAGACUUCUGGACACAACCCUCAUUUUUACUAUGGAUCCUAAUGGUGGGAGACCAGAGAAGCUGUAUGUACAGGCCUUUCUGAAGAAAGAUGACUCUGUUGGCUACAGGGUCAUUGUGCAGACGGAAGAUCACACACUCACUUUCAUACAACAACCAGGCCGUGUAAUGUGGACCAGAGAGGAAGCUCUUUCUGAUGUGGUCACCAUGGAGAUGGUGGAUCUUCCACUCACAGGGACCCAGGCAGAGCUGGAGGGGGAAUUUGGAAAAAAGACUGACGGCCUUUUAUCAAUGGUGCUAAAGAGACUGUCAUCUCAGCUCAUCCUCCUCCAGGCCUGGGUCGCCCACCUGUGGAAACUGUUCUAUGAUGCACGGAAGCCCCACAGUCAGGUCAAAAAUGAAGUGAGCAUUGAGAACCUGUCCAGAGAUGAGUUCAACUUACAGAAGAUGAUGGUUAUGGUUACCGCCUCUGGCAAGCUCUUUGGAAUUGACAGCAAGACCGGCACAAUUUUAUGGAGGCACUAUCUCGACAAUGUACCAUCUAACGCAGUGUUCAAGCUGAUGGUGCAAAGGACAACUGCACACUUUCCUCAUCCCCCUCAGUGCACAUUACUCAUCAAAGACAAGGACACAGGACUAGCCACUCUGCAUGUAUUUAAUCCUAUCUUUGGGAAGAAGAGUCACAUCACCCCUCCUGCUCUGCCUCAGCCAAUACUUCAGUCACUCAUGCUGCCGCUCAAUGACCAGGACUAUGCUAAAGUUCUGCUUCUCAUUGACAAUCAGUACAAGGUGUCUGCUUUUCCCUCAACAAAGAAUGUACUGCAACAGCUCCAAGAGAUGGCAUCUUCCAUAUUCUUCUAUCUUAUUGACUCCAGCCAGGGAAGGCUGUCUGGUUACAGGUUACGCACGGACCUCUCCACUGAGCUGAUCUGGGAGGUGGUUGUCCCCACAGAGGUGCAGAGGAUUGUCUCCGUAAAAGGGAAGAGGCCUAAUGAGCAUGUGCACUCCCAGGGCAGAGUAAUGGGAGACCGUAGUGUCCUUUAUAAGUAUUUGAACCCCAACUUGCUGGCCGUGGUGACGGAAAGCACAGACUUGCACCAAGAGCGCAGCUUUGUGGGGAUCCUCCUGAUAGAUGGCGUGACUGGCCGCAUUAUUCAUGAAGCUGUUCAAAGAAAGGCCAGAGGACCAGUGCAUUUGGUGCACUCUGAGAACUGGGUGGUGUAUGAAUACUGGAGUACAAAGUCACGAAGGAACGAGUUCUCAGUACUGGAGCUGUACGAGGGAAUGGAGCUCUAUAACAGCACCGUGUUCAGCUCCCUGGACAGACCCCAUCCCCCUCAGGUGCUUCAACAGUCUUACAUUUUCCCCUCCUCCAUUUCCACCCUGGAAGCCACCCUAACUGAGAAGGGCAUUACCAGCCGCCACCUACUCGUUGGCCUGCCAUCGGGAGCAAUUUUGUCCCUACCCAAAAUGUUUCUGGACCCACGGAGGCCUGAGAUAGUAUCUGAGCAAAGCCGUGAGGAGAACCUGAUACCCUAUGCUCCAGAGAUGCCAAUCCGUACAGAGUGGUUCAUAAAUUACAAUCAGACUGUGUCAAGGGUGCAGGGAAUUUACACUGCCCCCUCUGGCCUGGAGUCCACUUGCCUGGUAGUGGCGUAUGGCUUGGACAUCUACCAAACCCGUGUCUAUCCCUCCAAGCAAUUCGAUGUACUGAAGGAUGACUAUGACUACAUGCUCAUCAGUAGCGUUCUUUUUGCUCUUUUCUUUGCCACCAUGAUCAGCAAACGCCUGGCAGAGGUCAAACUGCUCAAUCGCGCCUGGCGAUGAAUCAGGUGGAUUUAAGCAAGAUGAAACCUCUUGAAAUGCCCUGCACUGCAUGAUGGACCUCGUCUUUCAAACUGAAACUGUUAAGGCCACAACUGUCAAGCGACAUGAAUAGAAAUAUACUAUGGCCCAUUUGGAACUGUGAGGACGUGGGCUAAUAAUUUUUUUUUUUAAACUUUAUUUGUUCAAACAGAAGAAAUAAUUUAGU